AUGGUAACUGUCGGGUACAUAAAGGACGAUGAGCAUAUAAUGGAUAUGUUUUGGGUGCUAAGGCAACAUGAGGCUAUCAAUAUCAUAACCGAAGAUGCUUUAUUUCUCAUGGAGGCGUGUGACGAGCGUUGGCAAACAAUUGGAGAGGGAGAUGAAGUCCUUGCCAUUGAUUGGUAUGAGGCAAAUGAAGAAUUGAGACGCCGCAAGGGUAAAGGCGUGGUCUCGGAGGACAGCAGUUCAUUGAGUGGGACUUAUUCGUCAGAUGACGAAGACGACGAGGAUGAAAGUGGAGCUAAUGCUUUUCCUGGAGCUGGGGUUCACAAUGAUGAUGAUGAUGAUGAUAUGUGGGAUUAUGAGCAGCAUGGGUUUCCCUUAAAUCUACACGUUGACGAGGAAUUCUUUGAUGCGUAUGAUCAUGAUAAUGAUGAGGAAAACAACAAUGGUGACGAUGAUGAUGAUGAUGAAAUGGAUGACGAUGAGUAG